AUGCAGAUUGUAUUGCGCAAUCUUACGAUAGUUGUCAAAAAGUUUAUGGUGAGGUAUGAGCAAAUGGGACCUCCUUCUCUCAGUGCUACACUACGACUACAAUAUCUUUCAUGCAUCACAGGCAAUGCAAUGAGAGAGCCCUGCUUCGUAAAAGAUGAGACUUGUACAUUUUACCGGAUCAUUUCAGUUGAAGGAAUUGCUGUUACUGUAACUUACCUGGAUCGCAUAGGUGUUUCUAAUCAAUCAUGGCGCACGCUUCCAUUGGGGUCCAUUUCAUCGCUUCUACAUGGCGAAAUGGAAAAUGAGGUGAAAGAUUUUGGCUACCUUUUAAAUCCCUCUUCACUGGAGGUGUUUGUUUCUUUACUAUUCCAGUCCCCCAAUGUGCAUAUUGGAGCAUGUAUUUUAGCUCAUUUUAAUGAAAUAGCUUUGGACUUUACCAAAGUUAAAGCAUUACUGCUGAUGACUGCAUGUAUUGCUUCUUCACAGUUACCUGACAAGGAUGGAAAUAACUUGCGGCCACUGCGAAGACCAAGCCGUAACACGCCUGGAAGUUGUGCCGCUUGGUGGAGGUAUGGUAUGCAUAGAAGUUUAUCAAACACCCGAAGUUGUGUGAAAAAGACAACUUUUAAUUGGACCACAUACAAAGACUGGAAGUGUCAUGCGGAAGAGUAUUACAACCACUACCUCCUAAACCUAGGAGCCCCUUGGCUUGUAGGGCUCCAUGUGAAUACAAAAAUAAUCCAGGAGGCAUUAGCUGCGUUUACUGUGGAGUACCUUAUCCAGGUUCGUCAAGAAGCGAGGUUUACAUUGGAACAGUUUCGUUCAACUGGAAGAGUUUUUCCUCGACACUACGGAGAUAACAUUUGCGAUAGGGGUUGUGGAUACAAAGUCUCUGCUGUGGAGGUGCUUAAAGGGUAUGUGGUCAUUGCCCCGAUGCGCUUGAAAACUUCCACUUCCCUUCUAGCACCAAAAUUGCCUUGUUGUCUCAAAGGAAGCAAGAUGUUUCUCAAUAUUGAUUUGGCAGAUGCCCAACUUCAAUUAUCUCACUCUGCUGGUGUUUUUGAUAUUGUCUUCUCUGCAUAUUCAAUUCGAGCCUCGUCAGAAAUUUCAAGUUCUACUAAUAAAGCGAUUGCUUAUAUUCUUGAUGAAUCCGAAACUCGCGAGGGAAUUAUGGUAUCCUAUCUACAAAACGGGGAGAAUAAGGAGCUUUCGGUUUUGUUGAAUUAUCUUAGAAUUCAAUGUGAUGAAUGGAUUGCUGAAAAUCUGAUCGCUGAGCUUUGUGUAAUUGAGCAGGAAAAUGUAUUUGUUUGGCAUAUUUUUGCAGCUACUUCGGAGAAUGCUGUGACUCCUCCACUGAAGACGCAAGUGGAGAUUCAAAACGCGGUGUUGGGCUUGGGAAACUUCGAGGUUUCUGUAGAAGCCUUAAAUUUGGAGGUCCCGUGGAGGUGUACUCGCCUAUGCGUUAGUGAGAAUCGUCGUUCACCACUUAUUACUUUAAAAAAUCUAGUUCUUCCUAUUGCAACGGCUCACACCAUUUUUGUCGAGGAAUCCCACAUCUGUGGGGUUCUUUCUAGCUUUUACGCACUGAAAAGUGAGAUGCAAAGUGUGAUGCUCAUCUACAACUACGUGAUGCAUUGGUUGCAAAAAUGGGAUACAUUACAGCUUGACGAAACAAUGAACGGAUUUGAAUUACUCUUACCUUUGUUUAUCGUUGAAUUAACUGGAGAAUGCGCCCCUUUUAAAAUGAGAGAAUUUACGAUUCGUAUGACACUAGGCCCAACCUGGGGCUUGAGGGCCAGCUGUGUAGCGAUGACAUGCGAUGGCGUAUUAAGUGAUACAACAAUGCAUUUAACAAUCUUUGGAGGAGUCAGUAAGAAGGGUAAUAUUUUGAACGAUUUCUCACAAGAUUUAAGAAGUAGUCUAAUAGUA